AUGAAGGACAUCUUAUCUGCAAGCUACUCAGAUCCUUCUGCUAGCUCUACGGGUAGCUCCGUCGGUUCCACAAACCUCUCUACAGGUUUUUCCAGCUCCUCCAGCUCUUCUACUGAAUCCUCUACAGGAACUUCAAGUGAUACAUCUGCCUCUGGAAAUGGAAUUAGAGCCUCAGACACCUCUGGAUUGUCAUCUGGCUCGCCAACAAAACCUGCUACUUCCGACUCAGACUCUUCAUCCCAGACGUCUGCAUCUGCAGCAUCUGGAGCUUCAAUCGUCUCUGACCCGGGAGAAUCCAACAUUGCAGACCCAGGUACAGUUUCUAGCCCUGCCUCUGCCUCUAGCUCCGACCCCUCUUCCACUGGCUCCGGAAACUCUUCCAGCUCCGCUGGUUCUGGGUCUAACUCUGGCUCCACUGACAACUCUGGCAGCUCUGCCAGCUCGGACCCAGAUGACACGGAUGCAUAUUCUGAGGCUACUGCUUCUCCGUCAUUGACCAUGGCAUCAAAAACGGCUUCCGUCGCAGCCCAAGACAACGCCAAAACCACGGCCUCGGAAACCUCUCGUAACACCUCUACACCAGCUCAUACCUCCACCUCUGCAACCGACUCUGCAACCGGUUCGGGCUCGAGCUCUAACUCAGGCUCGAACUCCAACGCCACCUCCGGCUUUGAUUCUGCCUCCACAUCUGACGCUAGCUCUAACAUAGCCUCGGGCUCCAGUUCAGCCUCGGGCUCCGACGCUAGCCAAGUCUCGUCCUCUGAGCGGACAACUUCGUCUGCAGCUUCUGGCGAUGAAACUUCUCCUUCUGCCAGCCAAUAUACCCUCUCCACCAGCACGGUCAAGAGCAGUGCUUCUGCCUCUCUGUCCAUGGCCAGCUCGGUGACCACUUUCGAAGGUGGAGCAGCCCGCUCUGUAGCACCUUCUCUCUUCUUCGGGUUCCUGGCACUUCUUUACUUCGUUUGA